AUGGGUAUUCCGGGAUUUUUUCGCUGGCUGGCAUCACAUUAUCCAGCAGUCGUGGAAAGAGUGACGCCUGGCGUGAAACAGUCUGCAGACUUUCUAUACCUAGAUAUCAAUGCGCUUUUUCACACCGCAAACAUAAAGAAAAAAGGUAGAGGGAAAAGUAGUAGUAGGAAGUUGACCUCGGCAUUAAUGUUGUCAAAGGUUUUUCGACAAAUGGACGACGCUAUAGAUUUAUUUGACCCGAAAACGCUUGUAUAUAUUACCAUGGAUGGUGUAGCUCCAAGAGCAAAGAUGAAUGAACAACGUGUUCGUCGGUAUCUUGCCGUCAAUAUAAAACCUAAAUUGCCGGCGAUUGUUCCGCCGAUAGGUAUUCCCUCUUCAUCACCCGCUUCAGAGGAAAUUGCUGUAGCUAAUGAAGAUGCAAUGACAAUUGAAAUGGCUGAUACCGCUGAUGGUGAUAAAGACCGAGAGGGCACCGAAGGAAAUACAGGAUUUUUCUUGCCUGGUGAAUCGGUCGCCAUUACUCCCGGCACAAAAUUUAUGCAAGCUGCCAAUGAAGCUGUAAGGUUUUAUGUCUUCCAAAGAUUGAAUGGCCGCCGAAAACAUCUUCAGAUCAUCUUUAAUGAUUCCAGCGUGCCAGGUGAAGGGGAGCAUAAGUUAUUUCAAUUUCUAAAAACACAACGUAUGCAAAAUGGUUAUAAUCCGCAACUUCGUCAUGUUGUCUGUGGUGGAGAUGCAGAUUUUAUCAUGUACUCGCUGAUGACCCACGAACCACAUCUUCGAAUAUUAAGACCGGGCAUGGGUAGAGAUUUGGACAUUCUACAUGUGGCGAAACUGCGUAAACAUCUUAUCAAUGAUAUGAUGCCAAAAGAUACGCCGCCAAUGUCGGCUAUUGAUCAAGAUAAUAUGAUUGAAGAUUUUGUAUGUAUAUCAAUGUUACUCGGUAAUGAUUUUUUGCCUAAACUUCAAGGAGUUGGAACAGCCGUGAACAUCUUAAUGAAAGCAUAUAGAGAAUGCUAUAAAAGUAUGGGUGGCUUCAUUACAGAAAAAGGCGGUACUAUUAAUAUUAGCAGGUAUCUUGUUUUUCUUCAGCAGUUGGGAAAUCAAACACUUCUUAGAGGCGAAAAGUUAGCCGACCUAUCUCAAAUCUAUUCUCUUCGAUUUAAUAUCGAUCCUGAGACCAGAGCCAAAAGGGCAAAUGAUUACAUGAGAAUAUUAUGUUGGGCAUUUCAGUAUUACACGUCAAAUUGUCCAAGUUGGCGACAUUUUUAUCCUCAUCAUUUCCCUCCGUCGAUUUUGGAAAUCAUUAAAAAUGUCGACCCAACCGAUUUUGAUCAAAAGUUUACUACUGGUCAACCACUAAGACCGUUCGAGCAAUUGAUCUGUGUUCUUCCGCCAACUUGUGAUUCGCUCGUUCCAGAACCAUUCCGGGAUUUGUUAACGGAUCCUAACUCGCCUCUAAAAGAUUUCUUCCCGAACAAGAUGCAAGUUAUCUCGGAAGUUGGUAUUUUGCCUUUUAUCGAUGAGAAAAUUUUGCUUGAAUCAAUGGCCUCCCGAUAUCCAAAGUUAAAUCCCGAAGACCAAAAGAGAAAUACUAUUACAGGAAAAGUUCAACUAUUUGCAGGUCGAUUGGCACCAUCAUAUCCAACAUUGCGCACGGUUGGAAAUGGUUAUACAAAACAAAUGGUAUUAACUGCUUCAUUGGGUAUAUUUGGUACACUCACGCAAGAUGAUCGCUUACAAAGAGUAAUUGAAACUCCGAUCAAGAAAUGGGGUGACAUCAAUUACAAUACCGUCUAUAAUGUACUAUAUCAAUUACCAAAAGUAAGUGGGCAUGUUCCACAACGAUCGACUUCCCCACAACGGUUAACUUCUUUACAACGAUCGAUUUCCCCACAACGAUCACGAUCAACUUCUCCACAAAAAACUAUUAAUCUACCGCGAAAUGCAACUUAUCAGCGACCACAAAAACCUCAAAGUGAUAAAUAUGGUCAAGGAACGUAUCCAGAAAAAUCACAAUUUGGACCAUAUAAAGGUAAAUAUCAAGAUAAGUCACAAACUGGCAAAUAUACAGAAAGAUCGCAAUCUGGAUCCUAUCAAAGCACAGGCAAAUAUCCACAAUCUGGAUCCUACCAAAGCACAGGCAAAUAUCCACAAUCUGGAUCAUAUCAAAGCACAGGAAAAUAUCCAGAUAGAGCACAAACUGUCAAGUAUCCAGAGAGACCUCAAAGUGGGACAUUUCAGGGAGCACAAAAAACGCAAGGAACACAUCCAGUUCCACGUAAAUUUCCUCAUCUUAAUACAAGUAAUCGGAUACCACCUAGAACACCGAUUCCUUCACAUCCAAUUAAAAGACCAAGAUCUCCAGUUUCAAGUUCGACACCUCGAACAUCUCAAAGUAACAAGAGCUUUUCGCAUCUAUCGUCGUUGACAUUUGACGACCCCGCAAAUUUUCUAGAAGACAGAAAUUCUGGCUGA